AUGAGUUUGAGGGCCGACGGUUUUCCUCAGUUUGAUUUUCAGAUGCCUAGUAGGGCUGGUAGUGGAGCUGGUUCCAGUCGUGAUCAUGCUUCACCGUUUGAGCCUUCAGAUGAGAUUGAUGACGAGUCGGAGGAGUAUGAGUCGGAUGCUGUUGAGUAUCGCAUUCCACCAGUCAGUCCGAUCAGAGAUAGAGGUGCCCCCAGCGGAUCGUCACAUGCCGUUACUGGGCUUCAUGCUGUUACUGGGAUCUAUAGAGACCAUGCGGGGCGUUUCUAUAGAGCUCUACAGCUUGGUGAGGGCCAGAGUGGUACUGCUGAUGUGGGAGAGGCCUGGGAGCCUAGAGGACCGUGUCCUGGUGGGCCGAGCGACCCGAGUUUGCUCCGUAGCUUUCCUGGGCAUGUUGCCCACAGUCUGUACACUGGAGAGGCUGAUAGAGGGGUGAUCACUUGCUACGACAGGAGUUCGACCCUUCGCCACGUUCUCGACGGUUAUGUGAUAGCAGAUGAUAACGCUAGGACUACCGUAGAGACAUCGGGCCUUGCUCACCUCGUUGAUAUCACCUUCCAGAGCGAGCUGGACCCUGCUCUCAUCUCGGCAUUUGUGGAGAGGUGA